AUGCAGCUGAGCCAGCUGAAGAUGGGCGCCACCGACCCCCUGACCAAGUACGGGUCCCGUGCCAAGGAGAUCCAAGCCCAGCUGCGCGCUGCCGGCCAGGAUGUGGCAGACACCGAGAUCGCCUGGUCCGUGAUGUCCGGCCUGCCGUCUGCCUACGCAACGAUGGCCACCGUGAUCACCGCCACCACCGACGGGGACCUGAGCCUGGAUGACAUCCUGCCCAAGCUGCUCACCGUGGAGCACAGCGAGCAGAAGUCAGAGCGCCCCAGCGAAGAGGCGCUGAUGGCCAACGCUCAGGACCGCCACGCCGGGCCGGGCCGUCCAAGCAACCACCCCGGUGGCAAGUCCAAGGGCCCCUGCUUUCAUUGCGGCAUCCUGGGCCACCACAAGUUUGAGUGUAGGAAGCUGGCGCAGGAGCGCAGCCAGCAGCAGCAGAGGCAGCGGGCCGACCAGUAG